UCCCGCGCCCAUAACAUGAAGAUGGCGCGAGACUGUGUUUAUAAUUCAGUUUGUGCAACCUUUUCACCCCUGGCCUCUUUACACUCCAUCUCCUGCUUACUCCAGGUCGAUUGCGGUCACUCUGCGGACGCCGAUUCUGAGCGGCAACACUGCUGCGGAAGAGGAAGGCUGACCUCCAUGCAUUUCUAGUUUUUGAGGUUAUGAAGAAGAUAUGGCAGUGAGGUGAUUGGUUUGUGGAUUCUCGGAUUUGCAGUACCGCGCUUUGGAUUGAGGCAGUUGAUUGGAAAGGGUGACAGUCUAUCAUCAUGAGUGCUGUGAAUGUCACCAAUGUUGCAGUGCUCGAUAACCCUUCCAUGUUCCAGAACCCGUUUCAGUUUGAGAUAUCUUACGAGUGUCUCACUGCCCUUCAAGAUGACCUAGAGUGGAAGCUUAUAUAUGUCGGAUCAGCUGAGGAUGAGAAGUAUGAUCAAGUUCUGGAGAGUGUGCUCGUUGGCCCCGUGAACAUUGGAAAUUAUCGAUUUGUCCUUCAGGCGGAUCCUCCGGAUGUAUCCAGGAUCCCUGAGGAAGAUGUUAUUGGGGUCACUGUGUUGCUUUUGACAUGCUCCUACCGAGGACAGGAAUUCAUACGAGUGGGCUAUUACGUGAGCAAUGACUACGUGGACGAAUCUCUUCGCGAGGAGCCUCCAGUCAGAGUUCUCAUUGACAAGGUCCAGCGCAACAUCCUUGCCGACAAGCCACGAGUCACCAAGUUCCCGAUCCUUUUUAAUUCCCCUGGGGUGAUAGCUCCUGAGCCUCAGGAGGUUUCAGAUGCAUUCAUCUCUCCGACUACUGAGUUCGACAUGAUGAACACCAAUGAGAAGGCUUCAGGAUCACACACUCCAGCUGUUGUGUUGGACUUCACGCCAACAGUUGAGCAGGAUUCAGAUGCACGCGCUUCACAGCCAUCCCUAAUGUUCUUGAUGCAAAACGGAGCUGUCAGACCAGUUAAUCUAUGUGCGCCUCAGGUUUUACAAGAAGUAUGUUGAGAAGAGAGUCGUGUUUCAAUAACUGUAUAAUUUGGAAAGGCUGUUGCCCUUGUGAUGCUUGCACCCAGGUUAGGUCAUACUCGGCAUCCAAGCUCAUAGGAUUGCGGGAAUUAGUGGGAAGUUCUGUGUGUUGAUUAGCACCGUGCAUCCCAAAUUAGACAGCUUUACUUUCUUAUUGUAGGACAUGCUACACGGUGCGGGCGAAAGUGCCCAUCCAUCAUUACAUUCUGCAUCAAUUUAGGAUAGUUUAGAUGCUGGCGGAGAGAUUAGUGUUUUCAUUCUUUGAAUUCAUAGUGGAGCAAUGGUAGUACUCAAAUUGCUUUGUCACUAUCACUGCUGUUUUACAGCCUGUACAAGUAGCCAGUGCGAUUGGCAUGGCGUCUCCACUUUCAUCACUGAAAACUGUAAAUAUUUGGUUUUGGUGCACA